AUGGAUAAGGUCGAUACUUCGAGCCGGCUCAAGCACCUGCGAGAGCUCAUGACCCUGCACAAGGUAGAUAUCUACAUUGUGCCCUCCGAAGACGCCCACUCCUCCGAAUACAUAGCUCCCUGCGACGCUCGACGAGAGUUCAUCUGCGGUUUCUCAGGUUCGGCAGGCACAGCUGUCAUCUCCCACGACAAGGCUGCUCUGGCUACAGAUGGACGCUACUUCAACCAAGCUAGCCACCAACUGGAUAACAACUGGACAUUGCUCAAGCAGGGACUUCAAGAUGUGCCGACCUGGCAAGAGUGGACGGUGGAGCAGGCAGAGGAAGGAAAGACAGUCGGUGUAGAUCCCACCACCAUCACUGCGCCAGAAGGCAGGAAGCUGGCCGAGAAGAUCAAGAAGAAGGGCGGCAGAGAGCUGGUGGCCAUAGCAGAGAAUCUGGUGGACAAGGUCUGGGGCAAGCAGAAGCCAGCACGGCCGAACGAGCCUGUACGGGUUCUGGAGCUUGAACAUGCCGGCAAGAAGUGGCAGGAUAAAGUGGAGGAGUUGCGCAAGGAGUUGGACAAGAAGAAGGCGGCAGGGUUUGUCGUGUCUAUGCUGGAUGAGAUUGCCUGGCUAUUCAACCUGAGAGGGAACGAUAUCCCGUUCAACCCGGUAUUCUUCUCGUACUCCAUCAUCACACCGACCACCGCCACGCUCUACAUUGACGAGUCCAAGCUCCCAUCGAAUGCGAAGCAGCAUCUUGAAGGAGUCACUGUCCGACCGUACGACAGCAUCUUCUCGGACAUCACGGCUAUGGUUUCCAAGGAGCCAGAGACGAAUGGAAACACCAACGGCUCGACGGGUUCGACUACAAAGCGCAAGUACUUGAUCUCGACUAAGGCGUCAUGGGCAGUGUCUCGAUCACUUGGAGGCGAGGAGAAUGUCGACGAGGUGCGAUCUCCCGUUGGCGACGCAAAGGCUAUCAAGAACGAGACCGAACUUGAGGGCAUGCGACAAUGUCACAUUCGCGACGGUGCAGCCCUGACUGAAUACUUUGCUUGGCUCGAGAACGAAUUGGUACACAAGAAGACCACCCUCGAUGAAGUGCAGGCAGCGGACAAGCUUGAGCAGAUCCGCAGCAGACAUGACAAGUUUGUCGGUCUCUCCUUUCCAACCAUCUCAUCCACCGGACCCAAUGCCGCCGUCAUUCACUACAUGCCCGAAGCAGGAAACUGCUCAACCAUCGAUCCAAACAAGGUCUAUCUUUGCGAUUCUGGCGCCCAGUUCCUUGAUGGCACAACUGACACCACCCGUACUCUUCACUUUGGCGAACCCACCGAACAAGAACGUGAAGCCUACACCCUCGUCCUUAAGGGUAACAUCGGUCUCGAACUCGCCGUGUUCCCCAAAGGGACAUCUGGCUUCGCUCUUGACACUCUCGCUCGCCAAUACCUUUGGCAGUAUGGUCUCGAAUACCGCCACGGCACUGGUCACGGUAUUGGCAGCUUCCUCAACGUGCAUGAAGGACCCAUCGGCAUCGGCACACGUAUUCAGUACUCGGAAGUUCCGCUAUCGAUCGGCAACGUCAUCAGCGAUGAGCCAGGCUACUACGAAGAUGGCAACUUUGGUAUCCGCAUCGAGAAUGUCAUCAUGGUGAAGGAAGUCAAGACCAAGUACAACUUUGGCGAUAAGCCGUACUUUGGAUUCGAGCACGUCACUAUGGUGCCGAUGUGCAGGAAGCUUAUCGACGCCGGCUUGUUGAGCGAGAGGGAGAAGCAAUGGCUGAACGAUUACCAUCGGGAGGUUCUCGAGAAGACGGCGUCGUACUUCAAGGAUGACGAAGUCAGCCGGAACUGGCUGAAAAGGGAAUGUGCCGCUUACUGA